GUGAUUGUUGACAUGUUGUUAUGGUUAGAUAAGUCGAUAAGAGUCAAGACUAUUAUAACUUUUGUUACUAUUAUGAUUUUUAUAAUAUUUGUUAUGUAACUUCUAUGUAGGUUGUCUUCUUCAAUUACGUCUAUUGAUCUCUGAACUUGUAUGUUACACAACUUGUAUGUUGUAUGUUGUACUUGUAUGUUACACAACUUGUAUCUUGUAUGUUGUACUUGUAUGUUACACAACUUGUACUUGUAUGUUACUGAACUUGUAUGUAUACACAUGAGCAUCGAUCUACAUUUUCUACUUUUUAACUACUUAUUAGCCAGUACUAGUAGAAGAGAUAUAAAAGAAGCCAUCCUGAAGAACAGGUCACACAACGAUCUAACCCAACCAGGCUGUGUGACUUACGUCAAUAUACACAAGGGUCCCCUAACCCUAGCAAAGACCGUUUCUUGGAGCUAAUAACAAAGAUCAUGCUUGCGUCGCUAGUCUUCCUCAUGGCCAUGCUCGUGACUUGGAAAGGUCCGACUGGUGUAUACUCGCAGCAGUGGCCCACAAAUGGGGAAGACAAUGACGACAUUAUCUUAUCAAGAGACAGUGUCUGUUCCACCAUCUUCGCCAGAAUAAUGGCAAGACCGUUGUUGACAGCGUUCACCGCUACUGUCCUUUGCAUUCUUGUACUGGAGCUGCUCCCAACUAUUUUAUGCUGGGAUGGUGCUGGCGGUCAUCACAUCAAAAAAUUUCACCAAUAUUUUCAAACAAUCCACGAGAAGCAAGAUGAAGAUCCAACUGUGUUUAAAACGUCAAGCUUGCCCGACGAUCUGCCUCGGCACAUGGCGACGGUGGGCAACGGUUUUCUCGGACACGUCGUGUACGCAGACAACAUCUACGUGAACGGCGUGUACAACGGCGCGCGUGGUGACAGCCACCGCGCCCGCGUGCCCUCCACCUGCGCUCUACGCCUCGCCGUCGACGGACACGCGGCGGCUUCAUCGAGCUACGCUCUCGACGUGGGGAAAGGAGUAUUCACCGAGACAGUCGACCAUGAAGAUUUCAAGCUGGAAUACAGAAUAUUUGCUCACAGGAAGCAUACAAAACUGCUAGUAUGCCAAGUAUCUGCAGAGGCAAAGAAACCUGGUCUUGUGCUAUUAACAAACAACAACCACGGUAAUCUCUCAGAGGACUUUGACAUCAUCAAGGAUGUUAUAGAAGGUUCAUCGGCAGUGGUCAGGAAACAACAUUUAAGAACAAGAGUAGCAGAGGUGAGCCUUAGUUCCGAAAAAGAUGUCACACCUUCAAACCUCACUGACGUCUAUCUUGUCUAUGAUGAAGUCCCGGAGCGGCUAGAACUGCAGCAGGGGCAUAACAGCUGGACGUGGAUCACGGCUGAGAUACAAUAG